AUGGCGGAUUGGGGUCCCGUGGUAAUAGCGGUGGUGCUGUUUGUGCUGUUGACGCCGGGGCUGUUGUUUCAGCUGCCUGGGAAUAGCAGAGUGGUGGAGUUUAACAACAUGCAGACCAGUGGGGUUUCCAUCUUGGUCCAUACCAUCAUUUACUUCGGCCUCGUCACCAUUUUCCUCAUUGCUAUUGGUGUUCACAUCUACACCGGCUAG